UGACCGCUAACAAGCAGAAGCCUCCUCGGCGGGACGUUUUUAAUCAGCAGAGGGUCAUUAAACCGUCUGAAUCAGAACAAACAAUCACAGAUGUCGUUUAACAGGUUAACGCAUCUCCUCAGGUCGAUUAACGCCAGCUAGUAGUUAGAAAAGACGACUAAAACAAGUUUGGAAGCCCGUCAGAGGUGUUGCACUGAAAUCUGCGACCCUUCGUGUUUCCAGCUGAUUCCCGUCGCGUUCAAGCCGUCGCCAUGGUGCUGCAGGAGGACGACGAGGAGGCCUUCCUGUCGGAGCUGAAGAUGCAGCUGGAGGCCGAGGAGCUGCAGCCGCAGCAGAGGAUGGAGCUCCUGAACGACAGAAUAAACAGAGCUCUGACGGCAGCGGCCGUGCAGACAGACGGCAGAGCCCUGACUCGAACCAAGUCUGGGUUGUACCGCAGCGGCAUCCUGAGACAUGCCGUGGCGGCGCUGGCGCUGUCUCCCAGCAGGCUGAGGGGCAGCUGGAGUGCUGCCGCCACGCUCGCCCACCUCACCAGUUCCUGCUGCGUCGGGAUGGAUCCGCAGCCCGACGCCUUCCGGAGUCUGUUCCUGCCGUCGGUGGUGGAGCGUCUGCUGUCGCUGGCCAGUCAGCUGAUGGUCCGAGUGGAGUGUGCCAGUGUCUUCAGGAAGGUGAUGGACUCAGUGGGCUGGCUGCUCUCCGCCCACCCGCAGCUCACCGCUCAGGUUCUCAGCUCGGUCCCCUACGAGCAGAUCCAGAUGUGUGAGGACGUCGCUGUGUCUCGCCUCUGCAUCCAGAUGUGGAUUCAAACAUGUACCGUCAGCAGGGAAUUCCUGUCCAGCCUGAGCGACGACUCCGCCCUGCUGCUGCUCAACGAGGCUGUCGGCCAGUUAGCCGUAUGCUCCAAUCCUGCAGUGGGCGGGGCCUCCGUCCGGCUGAUGCUGCUGAUGUGCGGCCAGCUGGGGGGCCGGCUCCGGCCCCUCCUCCUCCACUUCAGAGGUCUGGACAGGCUGCUGGACAAAGACUGGCGGGGGCGGGGUUUCGACCACGACCUGCAUCGGCUGAUUGCAAUCGUCCGGUCAGAAAGAGACAGGAGGGGUCAGAGUGAGGAGGCUACUGAGCGCGUGCAAGCAGCCUGUGUGAUCCAGGCGGCCUGGAGGUCGUACCGGACCCGGCGGCGGGUGAAGAGCCUGGACAGAGCCGUCACUGCUCUGCAGAGGAGCUUCAGGGCUCGGAGGAGGCGGCAGCAGCAGCAGAAGGAGGCGUGGCGAUGGGAGGAGGAACUCAGGUACCAGGUGUGUGUGCGGCGGCAGCAGGCGAGGAGGGAGUUCCACCAGAAACAGAGACGACUGCUGCAGCAGCUUCCUCCAGAGCAGGUGCAGUCGUACCUGCAGGAGUGCGAGCGUCGAGCAGCGGUGCUCAUCCAGAGCUGCUGGAGAGGCUUCAAAGAGAGAAGACGUUACCAAACACUGCGACACACACUGGGGGCGUCACACACACGGCAUCAAGCUGCCAGGACGCUGCAGAGAGCGGUGCGGCGUUUCCUGGAACGGCGUCGAGCCGUGGCGGCCCCGCCCCUCAGCCGUCUCUGGAUUGGUCAGAAAGGUUUGACGGGCAGCCGGAGGGCGGAGCUAAAGCAGCAGGUGGAGGAUUACAUCGCUGUUCAUCGAUCAUCCCGUUCGUCACCUGAGGAGUGUGUGUCGCUCCACCACGAGGUGCAGCUGCUGCUGGAGGCGGAGCUUCAGAGAGGAGAGCAGCAGAGGAGGGAGGAGCAACGGCUGGAGGCUCUGCUGGCUCACACACACACACAGCUGGAGCUGCUGCGAGAUGCCCCGCCCCUCUCCGUCGUCACGGCGACGGAGGCCCAGUCCUUCCUGAGCCCGUCGGGUUCCAUCGCCGCUCGAGCCCGCGACGCCCACAACGCGGCGCUGCAGGCGGACCGUCUGCCCUGGUGGAGGACGGAGAGGGAGCCGGGCGGCCUCGGCUCCGCCCACCUGCAGGAGCUGGAGGCGGAGCUCGGAGGCCUGUACAUCGCAGGGCCGGCCGCGGGGAGGUGACGCCAGGUCACGUCACGCUGCAGCGCCGCGUUUUCAGAGACGUCGUGAAACAUCUGAAGAUCUGCCGCAGACGUGCUGAACUUGAGUAAAACAGGUUUGUUGAAGGUUGACUAGUGAGCCGGACUCACCUGGCGAGGGACGUCACUGCUCACGUCGGCGGGACUUUUAGUUCAAACUGUCAACAAACGGGUGAAAUA